GGCACUGGCGAACCGUAGCGACGGCGUCGGCGGCGGGAACGGCGAGAGGAACGGGGAGCCGCGGAGAGCUGAGCGAGACUCAGUUACAUCACCCGAUUUACAAGAUGUCUGACGAUGAGGAUAUACCACUGCCUAAGAAAUUCCGGAUUUACUAUGGAAGCCUUGAGGAGAAGGAGAAAGAAAGGAUUGCCAAGGGAGAAGGAGGAUAUCUGGGAAAAGAAGCUGUGAAGCUUGGAAUGGAUGCUGGACAUAUUAACUUAUCCAGUGGAGAGUCCUUUGACAUUGAAGAGCACAUGAGCGAGAGGCAGGCGGAGGUGCUGGCCGAGUUUGAGCGCAGGAAGCGCGCCCGGCAGAUCAACGUAUCCACAGACGAUGCGGAAGUGAAGGCAUGCCUUCGAGCGCUCGGCGAGCCAAUCACACUGUUUGGAGAAGGACCAGCGGAGCGCAGAGAAAGAUUGCGAAAUAUCCUCUCUGUGGUGGGCGCUGAUGCCUUGAAGAAAACUGAGAAAGAGGAGGAAGCAAAGAAAAGCCGGCAAGAGCAUCAACAGACCUGGUAUCACGAGGGACCCAGCACCCUGAAGACAGCUCGCCUCUGGAUCGCCCAUUAUUCCCUGCCAAAAGCGCUGAAGCGAUUGGAAGAAGCUCGUGCUAACAAGGAGAUUCCCGAAGCCUCUCGAACGGCUCGUCAGCAGGAGCUCCACAAGACUCUCCGGGGUCUGAAUAACUUCUGCAGUCAGAUUGGUGAUGACCGGCCUAUCUCCUACUGCCAGUUCAGCCCCAACUCCAAGCUUCUGGUUACAGCUUCCUGGAGUGGCUUGUGCAAACUUUGGGGUGUUCCUGACUGCACUGUCAUCCGUACGCUGAGAGGUCACAGUACAAAUGUGGGCGCUAUCGUGUUUCACCCACAAGCUACGAUCUCACUCGACGAAAAAGACUGCAACAUGGCGUCGUGUGCAGCCGACGGGUCUGUGAAACUCUGGAACCUGGAAAGUGAUGAGCCAAUAGCUAACAUCGAAGGGCACACAAUGCGAGUUGCCAGAGUGGCCUGGCACCCGUCCGGAAGGUUUCUGGGCACCACAUGCUAUGACCACUCCUGGAGGCUCUGGGAUCUGGAGGCUCAGGAGGAAAUCCUGCACCAGGAAGGACACAGCAAAGGUGUCUAUGAUAUUGCCUUCCACAAUGAUGGCUCGCUAGUGGGAACCGGUGGCCUGGAUGCCUUUGGCCGGUUGUGGGACCUGCGGACAGGUCGAUGUAUCAUGUUCCUGGAGGGACACCUCAAAGAGAUCUACAGCAUCAGCUUCUCCCCAAACGGGUAUCACGCAGCAACCGGGAGUGGCGACAACACCUGCAAAGUGUGGGACCUGCGCCAGAGAAAAUGCAUUUACACCAUCCCCUCCCACCAGAACCUGGUGUCCGCAGUCAAGUUUCAGCCCACUGACGGGCAUUACCUGCUGACCGGUGCCUACGAUAACACGGCCAAGGUGUGGACGCACCCCGGGUGGUCACCGCUGAAAACACUGGCUGGGCACGAGGGCAAAGUGAUGGGACUAGACAUCUCAAACGGCCAGCUGAUCGCGACCUGCUCUUACGACAGGACCUUCAAGCUCUGGACGUCCGAGUAGACAGGACAUCAGCAGGAUCUGGUGACAAGCUGCCAUAGCGGGGCGGGAGUGGGGCAGGUGUUGCAGCCAAAACACAACGCACUCGAUGGCACCUGGCCAUGGUUCCCUCAGCUCUGUUGCCUGACUCCUGUGUGCAGUCAGAUUCUUGUAUACAGUGGUUGCCGAGGUACCGCACUCUCUCUCUCUAACUUUCUCUCAGUGAUAAAAGACGGGAGUUUGAAACUUGUUUGGUUUCCUGACCUUCCCCUAAAGCCACGUUGGUUGAACAGAAACUUAUAUUUACAUAAAACCUAAACCUAAUUCAGCCUUUCCUUCAGCUGUGGUGCUUGCUGAAACCCCGCCAUGGAAACUAAACAAAUUCCGCACUGGGGUUUGCGUGCUCUUAACCGCACAUCUCCGAAGCGUACAGUAAGACCUUUUGAGGAUCAAAGGUCCCAUCCUUUUCACUGGAUUUAUUUACGGUUUUCCCACCAACCGGUUCAUACAAGCAGAACUUAAGCAAUGGGGCAGAUCACAGCUCACCUCUCCUGCAGUCAGGCUCGCGAGUGUUGCCUUUGCUGCUGGUUUGAUUGUUGAAGCAGAGCUGAGCCUGAGCACCGCCAGGAACACAAACUUGCAUCAAUCUGCAGGGCUCUAGGUGACCGUUCGAGUAUUGAAAUGUAAACCACCCAGGAGCGUCCUGGGGGCUCGCACCACGCUGAACCCCAGCGGGUCAGUGACUCAGGUUCACUCGGCUAGUUAAACACGCAACUAUCGCGUUUGUGAAUAUGGGUGAUCAGCCUUUUAUUAUCCCCACCACCUUUGUAUAAUAAAUACUUUUGUAAAAAAAAA